AUGAAGGUGUUGAAGAGGAAGCCAAAGAAUCAAGAGGUAGGAGGGAGAGAAAAUAAGGUCGACGGUAGGCGAGUGCGCGUUCCGGAGCGCGUGGUGAAUAGCUUCGAUAAGAAAGCUUAUACGGACAAUGCCAUUAAAGGUAAGAAAGGAGGGAGGGCAUCAGGUGCAGGAUACAAGAGAUUAUUCGGGAGUCACCGUAAACACCCUCAGCUAGAGAAAGGAAGGUUCCGCUAA